AUGCAAACUGCUAAAGACGCUAUGAACUACGUUUCGGACAAAGCCUCUGAGCUUACCAACACAGCUUCCAAGGAGGCCAACAAGGAUGUCGCCAAGGACUCUGACAACAGCCUCUCUUCCCGGGCUAGCGCUGCUACGGACGCUAUGGGAGACAAGGCCAGCGAAAUGAAAGACGGUGCAUCUGCUGAAGCCCAUAAGCAAAAGGCACAGCACUAAAUGCGAUCUCCUUAGAUGGAUUUCUUCGAAUAAGAUCACCUUCUGAAAAACUGGGGCCUGCAUGUGUAGAGCGUACAUAGCUUCCGACCAGUUGUACUGUAGCUCAAGAUACUCAUUGUUUUCACGUUCACCUUCAGAAGUAAUCACUUAUUUCAUUUACAACGCUUCUAACACUGAAAACAAUGAGCCUUUGCUGCAAUCAUUUCUUUGCUCCAUUUUCG